AUGGAGCGUUGGGGCUUCGAUGCCGAGCUUGUGAAUGGCCCAGACAAGCACGAGAUGAAUUUAGACGAGUUGGUUGCUUCGGGCGUUAUUCUGGAGAGCUACCUUGAUGUGAUCUGGCAAGAUGUGGAGUACAUGCCCGAGGGCAAGGUGGCGUGCCACCUCGGGCAUCUGAACAUACUUCGGCGCUUUCUCGCCGACACCAAGAAAAAGUACGCUUUGAUCUUUGAGGAUGACCUGGAGCCCGGGCCCCCCGACCUCUCAUCGAGGUUGAGAGAGUUCCUGUCGAGAGUGCCAGCUGAUUUCGACCUGCUCCAUCUGGGUUUCGUGCGGGAAAGUCAAGAGGCGCGAAGAGCUGCGGACAGCAGUGGACACGUCUUCCGUUCUGUGGAGGCCUUGGGCCGUCAUGCCUACCUCGUCACAAAGCGGGUGGCUGAGCUCUUGGUCGAGCACACGCUGCCGAUGCACAACCAUGGUGACAAGAUGUUCCAACAGGUUUAUCAAGCAUGCAAGCUGAGGGCAUACCAUCCCAGGGAGCCCCUGUUCUACCAAGACAGGAUAAACUUCGAGUCCGAACUCACGGAGAGGUGGAAGCCUUCACGCGCCUUCCAGCCGACGUCGGAAAAGGACUUCAUCCGUGACUGUGACCGGCCAGAGAUGGAGCGCAGGCAUCGAAGGAAACUUCAAGAGCAGACACAGAUCAUGGCGAUGCAGUCCAAGAUCUCUGCUGCACUCUUUUUAAACAUUGAUGGCGUGCUGAAUACCGUCGCGGAGCCUUUUGCGUCUUCGCGCUGCGGGCGCGCGGAGAAACGACCACUGCAACGACUCGCGCACGUCUUGCAAAGAGCUCCCAGCUGCGUUGUGCUGACUAGUCCCUGGAGGCUGGACGAGCGUUAUGCUGGUCGGCUUGGGUCUGCACUGGCACGCGAAGGGGUGCCGUGGAUAAUGGCCGCACUUGCGGCAACAGCAGAUGGAAGAAGUAGUGGUUCUGAGAAUGAAGAGCUGCGCCUUGUCGAGAUCGGAUGCUGGCUGGAAGACAACACAUGGGUUCAGGAAUGGGCGAUCCUAGACUCUUUCGAUCUCUCCGAGCUUGAUGAUGCCCUGUUCGGCCGUGUAGUUUGCACUGACUACAGUGCCGGGCUACAAGAGGAAGAGGCUGAGGUUCUGGUCAAGAUGCUAGCGGGGACAAGACUGUUCUUCCUGGAAGCAAAAGCUGCCACCUCGCCGGGUUCGUUGGCGCUUUUCCAUGGAUUUGCUCUACGACCGAGAUGCUGGAGCCUCCGGUGGAAGGAGCGGUCGACAGCGUGGCACGCACCAAUGAACAGUUGGCAAGGUACAUGUACAAUGAUGUCAAGGUGUGUGACAGGUGCGGUCGGUCGUGUGCACACAAUCAGAAGGCAGACUGGGCAGAAACUGGGAGCCUGUCAAGGCUGUGGGCACACCUUGGAGAACGUCCCCAUCACACAGACGGAGAACGUCAUGAUGGGCUUUAUUUUCGGCGUUGAGCGCACUUUGAAGUUCCCGCUGAUGAUCUCGAUCCGCAGGCAAACCGACCACGUCAUCGUUUUUGACGACUUGUUGGCAAUGUCCACCUGCCACCUCAAUGCUCUACUGACAAGCCACUACUGCCAGGACUGGAGAUGGCUGCUGCGAGAUCCGUCAACCGCCUUAGGCUUCUUGGACGAGAUGGAGGCAGAGGCUUGGCAGGCCACUUUGUCCUUCUUCUCGGACGAGCAGUGGCGGAAGUUCGUGUACAGAGAAGGUGUUACCAAAGAGAUGGUGAGGGACAACAUCAUAUGUGGUUUCAAUUCGCCGCCAUCGCAAUAUCAGUUGCAUUUGCAGUGGAUUGUGCUGCCUCUGAUGCCCUUCCAUCACUCGAAGCUUCUUGACGGACUGCAUGCCCAGCGAGGCAGAUGGUUUCCUCUCGAGUACGUCAGAAGAAUCUUGGAUGAGCUCGUUGCAGAAGGGAAGACGUUCGACAUACGCGCGGACACGCCUGUGGACGAGAUCAUCCAAUACUUCAACAGCAAGGGCGUCUACUAUGAGGAAGUUUGGGCAGAAUGUUACCAGAAGUACUGCGCCAGCUAUGCCCUGAGCAACUGGAAGGCAGAGGACUUCAAAUACGUGGUCCUCGAGGGGCAAGUGCAUGAAAUUCAGGAGGCUCUUCCGGGAGGUCACGUGCGUGUGGGCAAUAAGCUACACCUCGAUCCUGUCAGCCUCCAUAACGAGGACAAGAUGCUGCUCCAAAACUACGGCCGUCGCAGCGAAAGUGAUGGAGGACAGGCAAGCGACCCGCGGGCAGGAAGAAGAGCAGGAACGAACACAGCCAACAGGUUGUCGACAGCCAAAGAUUUCCUCUCCAACCGGCACCUCGUCCAAGUGUCCAGGAGGCAGGAAUUGCCGUUAUGCGGAAUCGCGAAGUCUUUUUCCAUUAGAAUCAAAGAACUUUACGUACUGCCACAGCUUUUGCCACCGGGGUCUUUGCUCGUGUACCAGGCAGAGGACACUCACGAUGAGCAGCAAGUGGAAGAGGCGAUCCUCGGCAGACUUCCAGCAAAUGUCGAGGUGUGCCGCCAUUUCGGCCAGACUCUCCGGAACCGCGAGGAUCUGGGCUUCGACAUUUUGGAGUGGUUGCCACUUCCAUUCGGCAAGUUCUACCACGAGACGUGUGCGGCCGUAACUCCGCGCAAGGAGCUGCCUGCCCCAGGGCAGCUGCCACCUUCCAAAGCUGAGAGACUGGGACUCGACAUGGUGCAGCCAGUGGCCGGAUGUUUGCUGCAAGCCAUGGGUCUGGGCUCGGAACUUCUCGAAGAGCCCACCGCCGGUGAAUUCCAGUGGCGUGGUGGAGAGUCCGAAGCCUGGAAGCAACUGGAAUCGUACUACACAAAGACAGGACUGGGAAGAUAUCAGCAGACCCGGAAUCAGCUGCACUGCCACUGUAGCAGUCGCCUCUCCCCUUGGAUGGCUGUCGGUUGCCUGUCACCGCGCUCUGUGUUUUGGCGAGCCGUACAGUUUGAGCGAGAGAACGGCAAGGACAACGAUGGGCGCUUCGACCACGUCCAAAAGUUUAUUUUCCAGCUUUGCUGGCGCGACUACUUCCACUUCUACUGCGCUCACUUCGGCCGCCGGGUGUUCUUCCUGUCGGGCCCUGCGCGGCGAGCGCGUUCAUGGAGGAGGGACGCAGCUAUCGAACAGAGCUGGAAGCAAGGAAGGACUGGUGUGCCCCUUGUGGAUGCACUGAUGAGGGAAUUGGCCGCUACUGGAUUUAUGGCCAAUCGGGGGCGUUACAUAGUAGCCUCCUACCUGAUACACUACCUGAACAUCGACUGGCGUGUAGGGGCCGACUGGUUCGAAAGUCUUCUAUUGGACCAUGAUGUUUGCUCUAACUAUGGUGAGUGGGCGUCCAUGGCAAACAUCGCUGUCGAUCUUGGAGACAAGUACCCAUUGGGCUUGAAGGGGCGCGGUCCUACGGGAGGCCGCAGGCCAGGUGCGCGAGGCGGUGGUGGCGAUCCGUGGGCGAGGGGUGUGGAGCUUGGGGACUCUAUAUUCGAUCCGUUCGAGCAGGCUCGUCAGUAUGACCGCGACGAAAGCUACGUGAGGCGCUGGGUGCCAGAAUUGCGGUCUGUACCUGUUGGUAGCAUCCAUGCCCAGCCCAGAGGCCCUAGUGGCUAUCCAUCCCCCGUGGCGGUCGAGCCAGUCCUCUUGAGCCGCCGAUGCGUACGACCUCCGCCUGGUACGAAGGAGGCCCAGCCGAAGCAGCAGAGCCUGCCUCGAACGGCCGAAUGUCCACCCACAAGGCCCGCAAGGACGGAGCAGGCUCGCCCAGCACGCCGAUGGCAGGCGAAAGGCACCAGGAGCUUGGCUGCCUGA